CCAGGGGCAGAGGCCACGGGAUGGCCCUGAGGAGCCCCAGCAUAACUCCCCUCCUCCUUCUGGGGUUCCUGAGCACAGGCCUAGCCUCGGGUCCCCGAGGCUUCUGGGCUCUGCCUGACAACACAACGGUGGUGGAGGGGGGCACUGCUGUGCUGCGAUGUGGGGUCCACGCCCCUGGCAGUGCAGUGCAGUGGGCCAAAGAUGGGCUCCUCCUAGGCCCCCAUCGGCAGAUUCCCGGCUUCCCCAGAUACCAGCUGAAAGGGGAUCCUGCCAGAGGUGAAUUCCACCUGCAGAUUGAUGCCUGCGACCUCAGCGAUGAUGCAGAGUACGAGUGCCAGGUCGGCCGCUCAGAGACAGGCCCUGAGCUCUUGUCUCCCAGAGUGAUCCUCUCUGUACUCGUACCCCCGAAGGUGCUUCAGUUGACCCCUGAGGCAGGGAGCACCGUCACAUGGGUGGCUGGGCAGGAGUACGAGGUCAGCUGUGUGUCUGGGGACGCGAAGCCAGCCGCAGACAUCAGCUUCCUCCAGAGUGGACAAAAAAUUGAUGACAUCACCACAGAUGUGAAUUCGGGGUCCCAAGACAAACUCUUCAUCACAGAGGCCACAGCCAGGGUGACACCACAGAGCUCGGAUAAUGGGCAGCUACUAGUCUGUGAGGGCUCCAGCCCAGCCCUGGACACACCUAUCAAGGUCUCCAUCACCAUGAAUGUUCUGUUCCCCCCAGGACCCCCCAUCAUUGAGUGGCCAGGCCUGGAAGAGGGGCAUGUGAGGGCUGGACAGAACCUGGAGCUGCCGUGCAUAGCCCGUGGCGGGAAUCCACCAGCCACACUGCAGUGGCUAAAGAAUGGGCAACCCGUGUCCACAGCGUGGGGCACAGAGCACACUCAGGCCGUGGCACGCAGCCUCCUGGUGAUGAUCGUGCGGCCAGAAGAUCAUGGAGUGAGACUCAGCUGUGAAUCGCACAAUAGUGUGUCUACGGACAUCCAGGAACGCGGGAUCACACUCCAGGUCACCUUUCCCCCCAGUGCCGUUACCAUCCUGGGUUCUGCCUCCCAGUCUGAGAACAAGAAUGUGACACUCUCCUGCAUCACCAAGUCUAGUCGCCCGCGGGUCCUGCUGCGCUGGUGGCUGGGCUGGCGGCAGCUGCAGCCCACAGAAGAGGCAGUCGUGGAAGGCCUGCAUGGCGGCCACAUCUCCAUGUCCAACCUGACAUUCCUGGUGCGACGGGAGGAUAAUGGUCUCACCCUCACGUGUGAGGCCUUCAGCGAGGCUUUCACCAAGGAAACCUUCAAGAAGUCACUCACCCUAAAUGUGAAAUAUCCUGCCCAGAAGCUGUGGAUUGAGGGUCCACCGGAGGGACAGCACCUCCGGGCUGGAACCCGGGUGAGGCUGGUGUGUUUGGCCAUUGGAGGCAACCCGGACCCCUCCCUCACCUGGUACAAGGACUCACGCACGGUGACUGAACCGAGGCAGCAGCAGGAGCCACGCCGGGUGCGGCUGGGGACCGUGGAGAAGUCAGGGAGCACCUUCUCCCGAGAGCUGGUGCUCAUCACUGGCCCUUCGGACAACCAGGCCAAGUUCACAUGCAAAGCGGGCCAGCUCAGCGCCUUCACAAAGCUGGUGGUGCAGUUUCCCCCCACUAACUUGACGAUCCUGGCAAACGUAUCCGAGCUCCGUCCCGGGGAUGCUUUAAACUUGACGUGUGUCAGCAUUAGCAGCAACCCGCCGGUCAACUUGACUUGGGACAAGGAGGGGAAGAGGCUGGAGGACAUGGCCGCACUGCCUCGGACUGCCCCCUUCAAAGGCUCCUCUGUCGCCAGGACCGUCCUUCUGAGGUUGUCGUCCCGCGAUCACGGCCACCGCGUGACCUGCAGUGCGCACAGCCCCAGACUUCGGGAAACCGUGAGCGCCUUCUACCGCCUCAACGUGCUGUACCCUCCAGAGUUCCUUGGGGAGCAGGUGUUCGAGGUGACCGCAGUGGAGCAGGGCCAGGCGCUGCUGCCCGUGUCGGUAUCUGCCAACCCGUCCCCUGAGGCCUUCAACUGGACCUUCCGUGGCUACCGCCUCAGCCCAGCUGGGGGACCCCGCCAUCGCAUCCUGACUGGAGGAGCUCUGCAGCUGUGGAAUGUGACCCGCGCGGACGAUGGUCUCUAUCAGCUGCACUGCCAGAACUCGGAGGGCACUGCAGAGGCGCUAGUGAGGCUGCACGUUCACUUUGCUCCCAUCAUCCGGAUUCUCCAGGACCCCACUGAGGUGAAUGUUGGGGGUUCUGUGGACAUAGUCUGCACUGUUGAAGCCAAUCCCAUCCUUCCAGAGAUGUUCAGCUGGGAGAGACUGGGAGAAGAGGAGGAGGAGCAGAGCCUAGAAGACACAGAGCAGGUGUCAAAAGGAUCCACAGGACGUCUGCGGAUUCGAGAUGCGAAGCUGACUCAGGCCGGUGCUUACCAGUGCAUUGUGGACAAUGGGGUGGCACCUCCAGCCCGAGGGCUGGUCCGUCUUGUUGUCAGAUUUGCCCCCCAGGUGGAGCACCCCACUCCCCUCUCCAAAGUAGCUGCAGCAGGAGACAGCACCAGUUCUGCCACCCUCCACUGCCGGGCUCGAGGUGUCCCCAACAUUGUCUUCACUUGGACUAAAAACGGGGUCCCUCUGGAUCUCCAGGAUCCCAGGUACACGGAGCACACCUACCAUCAGGGCAGCAUCCACAGUAGUCUCCUGACUAUUGCCAACGUGUCUGCAGCCCAGGAUUAUGCCCUCUUCACGUGCACAGCCACCAACCCCCUCGGCUCAGACCACACCAACAUUCAACUCGUCAGCAUCGGCCGCCCUGAUCCUCCAACAGGGUUAAAGGUAGUAAGCACGACUCCAUACUCCAUGGGGCUGGAAUGGAAGCCUGGCUUUGAUGGGGGCCUGCCACAGAGGUUCCACAUCAGGUAUGAGACUCUGGGGACACCAGGGUUCUUCUACUUGGAUGUCCUGCCGCCUCAGGCCACGACCUUCACUUUGACGGGGCUGCAGCCUUCUACACGGUAUCGGAUCUGGCUGCUGGCUAGCAAUGCGCUGGGGGAGAGUGUACUGGACAGCAAGGGGGCCAGGAUCUCUGUCACCACCCCAGGUCUAGAGCAACCUUCUGGAGAACCAGACUCCCAAAUGCCCACAGAGCAGCCAUCAGGACCCUCGGCGCUGCCUCUGCUGCCUGUGCUGUUCGCAGUUGGGGGUCUUCUGCUGAUCUCCAACGUUUCCUGUGUGGGGGGAUACCUCUGGCAGCGGAGACUAAGGCGCCUUGCUGAGAGCAUCUCAGAGAAGACAGAGACUGGGACGGAGGAGGAGCGGGUCAGGAACGAGUAUGAGGAGAGUCAGGCCACUGGUGACCGGGACACACGCAGCUCCACGGUCAGCACGACAGAUACAGUGGAACCAUAUUACAACUCUAUGAAGUACUUCAGCCCCCAGCUGCCCCCCAUGCCGGAGGAGGUGUCUUACGGCCGAGGUUUCUUGGGUCAUGAGGAGGAGUUCAUGGCCUUUCCUGGGCACCUGUAUGAUGAGGUGGAAAGACAAUAUCCCCCACCUGGGGCCUGGGGACCCCUCUAUGAUGAAGUCCAGAUGCAAAAUGACCCCCGCUGGUAUGGGGACAAGUAUGAGGACCCAAGAGGAAUCUACGAUCAGGUGGCUGGAGACUUGGAGCCUUUGGAACCUGGUUCUCUGCCCUUUGAGCUGCGAGGACAUCUGGUAUGAGAGCCUCUCAACGCCCUUUCCUCACACCUGCAAGACAGAGUAUUCCCAUAAGACGCUGUGAUGGGCAUUGAUAUUGUAAAUGGCAUGAGGC